AUGACUUCAAGCAAGUAUACAGCCAAGGUGCAUAGGCCUUGGAGAGAAAUCGUCACAGAAAAGCGAGCGAUUCAAGAUGCGCAAAUUGAGAAACACUCAACAGCAGGCACGAACACCAGUUUGAAUCAUAUCGUGUCUAAAAAGGUCGAUAUCGAUAUCUUAACAAGUCUCUUACGCGAUGGGAAAGUUUCAGCCGUCGAAGUCAUCCAUGCUUACAUCAGGAGGGAGGUUAAGAUUCACAAUUACAGAUGUCUUCAUGCUAACCGUCACUAUAGAGCCUGUGAAGCGCAGAAGAAGACCAAUUGCCUGACAGAAGUCUGCUUUGAUGAUGCGCUCGCGCAAGCUAGAAAGCUUGACGAGUUCCAACGAGAAUAUGGUCGACUAAUAGGUCCAUUACACGGUGUUCCAAUCACUGUAAAAGACCAGUUCAAUAUCAAGGGUUUAGACACCACGUUAGGCUACGUCGGGAAGGCUUUAGCGCCAGCAGGGGACGAUGCACCGCUCGUACAAACGUUAAAGAAACUUGGGGCUGUCAUAAUCGCAAAAACGAAUCUUCCUCAGAGUAUUAUGUGGUGUGAGACUGAUAACCCUCUCUGGGGGCUGACAACUCAUCCAGAUGAUCCGAAACUCACCCCUGGAGGCUCUUCUGGUGGAGAAGCAGCUGUCUUAGCAUUGGGAGGCUCUAUGAUCGGUUGGGGAACAGACAUUGGUGGCUCUAUACGAAUUCCAUGCCACAUGAACGGCCUUUGGGGUUUGAAGCCAAGUAGUGGUCGGUUGUCUUAUCGCGGUGUUGAGGUAACACUUGAGGGGCAACAGCAUAUUCCAUCAGCGAUAGGGCCAAUGGCGAGGUCUUUAAGCUCUCUCAAACUCGUGACCAAGCUCGCGAUUGAGGCUGAACCGUGGGCCAUAGACCCUCAGCUACCGCCAGUUCCCUGGAGGGAGGAUGUUUUCCAAAACCUUGCGACAAGACGGCUUGUCAUUGGAGCAAUGCUAGAUGACGGCUUGGUAAAGGUGCAUCCGCCUAUCGAGCGGAUAUUCAGAGACCUGGUGGCAAAGUUGGAAGCUGCUGGACACGAAGUGAUAGAGUGGGAUUCGAGCUUGAACUCCAGCAUUAUUGACAUCAUGGGUGGCUACUAUUCCGCCGACGGAGGUGAUGAUAUCCGAAGGGCCGUCGCAGCAGGCGGUGAACCAUUCAUUCCACAGAUCAAAGCCUUCGUUAACCGCGGCACGCCAAUCUCCGUCUUCGAAUACUGGCAACUCAACAAGCGAAAGGUCGCCAUCCAAGAGGCCUACCACGAUAUGUGGGACAACAAGCGAUCGCCUUCUGGUCGCUCAGUUGAUGUACUACUAGUACCUACCAUGCCUCACACAGCGGUCCCCCAUGGGUCAUGUCGUUGGACUGGAUAUACCAAGAUCUUCAACUUUUUGGAUUACACUGCGUUGACAUUCCCAGCUGGGAGGGCGUCUAAGGAUGGGGAUGAUGCCUAUUUCUGGGAGCAUGUUCCGCGGAAUGAGAGCGAUGCUUGGAAUCAACAGUUGUAUGAUCCUGUGGCGAUGGAUGGGCGUUACGUUGGGUUGCAGAUUGUCGGACGGAGGUUUGAAGAAGAGAAGGUCUUGGGCGCGGCUCAGCAGAUUCACAGCUUGUUAUAG